GGGAAUCGGCGCGAAGGGUGGGUCUCGGCGACGUCGUGGCUUCCGAGGCGGCGAGGAUGCACCGGGGAUGAGGAGGUGGGACGCGAUGGACGCGUCGCCCCGUCGAGCCCCCCGGUGCCCUCGACGCGGGGCUCCCGCCAGCCGUCGUCGCCGCGAGGUCGGGUGACACCCGCGGGGAGGGCGUCAGGGGCGUCGACGCGGCACGGGAGGAAGACAGGCGAUGCGAGACGGCGAUGGCGGGUCGCCGCGGAGGCGUCGACCGCCUCGGGCGGUCGAGGUCGGAGAGCAUCGGACUCGGGUCGCCGAGUCCCAACCGCUCCAUCCACGAUCUCGCCACCCGCGGGGGUUCCGAUCGUGGAUGGAGGGGUGAUCAGCCGGGGGAUCCGCCGCGGAGGGGUCGCGUCGACGGGAGACGGCGAUGCGGGUCGCCGCGGAGGCGUCGGACGCCACGGUCGGUCCGCUACCUCGGGGUCGCGUCGAUGGAAGGCUCAGAGGACGCCGAUGUCUCAGUGUCCCGGGCGCUCGCCGAGGUUGAGCACCUGACUCGUGGGGUGAUUUGCCGGGGGUUUCGCCGCGGAGGGGUCGCGGCGACGGGAGACGGCGAUGCGGGUCGCCGCGGAGGCGUCGGACGCCACGGUCGGUCCGCUACCUCGGGGUCGCGUCGAUGGAAGGCUCCGAGGACGCCGAUGUCUCAGUGUCCCGGGCGCUCGCCGAGGUUGAGCACCUGACUCGUGGGGUGAUUUGCCGGGGGAUCCGCCGCGCAUGGUGAUUUGGUUUGUAUAACAUUUCAAAUUUGCUUC